AUGGCUUCCAACACCAAGUACCAGCCAGCUCCUCAGAGCGAUCCCGACGACUACACCCACGCGCCCCCCGCCUACGCUGAGGGUUCGGCUGCUCGCGACGAGACCCAAGGCCUCUUUGGUGCGCCCCGCGAUAGCGAGGAUAACCUCCCCGAUGAUUUCAAGUUCGGCGGCUCUGUGGCUGAGGCUACUGUUGAUAUCCGCAACCAGUUCGUUCGCAAGGUCUACACCAUCCUCACUGUCCAGCUCCUCGCCACUGCUGGAGUGAGCAGCCUCACAUUCUUCAGCACCGGUUACAAGGACUGGAUCCAGAGCCACCCUGGUGUCGUUUGGGCUUCGCUCUUUGGUGCAAUGAUCUUCAUGGGCUUGACCUACUGGAAGCGCAAGUCUUACCCGACUAACCUCCUUUUCCUCUCGCUCUUCACUCUUGCCGAAGCCUACACCAUCUCUGUUAUCGUAUCGUUUUACAAAACAUCCAUCGUUCUUAACGCUGUCGUACUUACUGCCGGAAUCUUUGUCUUCCUCACUCUCUUCGCUUGCCAGACAAAGUACGACUUCACAUCAUGGAUGCCUUACCUCUUCGGUGCCCUGUGGGGUCUCGUUAUCUUCAGCUUCAUGGCCAUGUUCUUCCCUUACAGCUCUACCGGCGAGCUCAUCUACGGUGGCCUUGCUGCUCUCAUUUUCAGUGGCUACAUUCUCGUCGACACCCAGCUUGUCCUUCGCCACCACCAUGUCGAGGAGGAGAUUGCUGCUGCCAUCAGCCUCUACCUCGACAUCAUCAACCUCUUCCUCGCUAUUCUGCGCAUUCUCAACAGCCAGUCUAAUAACUAA